GUCUGUCAACUGAAACAAAGCAGCAAAUUCAUGGAGAGUCUUACUCUUUCCUUUGCUCUUUUAAUCUUGCUAUUGAAUAGCUUUGCCUUCUCCUUGGUUUCUGACACUGAUAAAAAUGCACUUAUUUCCUUCAAAAACUCCAUUACUUCCGACCCUUAUGCUAUCUUGAGCACCAAUUGGUCGCAAAACACAUCAGUUUGUGAUUGGACUGGUGUGUCGUGCGGCCUCAAACACGGCCAUGUCACUGCUCUCAAUCUCUCUCGAUACGACCUUGCUGGAACUGUUGCUCCCCAUCUCGGAAACCUUACGUUUCUAAGAUAUUUGGACAUCAGUUCCAAUAGUUUUGCGGGGAUGUUACCCUUUGAGCUCUCUAAUCUGCGUUGUUUGAAGGUGAUGAAUGUGGGAGCGAAUUCAUUCACCGGAGAAAUACCAAUAUGGUUGGGCAGUUUACCUCAAUUGGAGGAACUCUAUCUGUAUAAUAACUCUUUCUUAGGUAAAAUUCCUGCAUCUUUGUCUAAGCUCCAGAUGUUACAAACAUUACAUUUGUCUAAUAAUCAAUUUAGUGGGACUAUACCAUAUGGUAUUUUCAACAUGUCUUCUCUUAUAGAAAUAAAAAUAGGAUAUAAUAGCCUAUCAGGUAUGCUCCCAAGUAAUAUGUGCAAUAAUUUGCCUAGCAUCAAAAUACUCUUUCUCCAUAAAAACCAAUUUGAGGGCCAGAUUCCGCCAAAUUUAUGGAAAUGCACACAUCUUGAGAAGUUGUCACUAGCCUUCAACAAUUUCAGUGAAAACAUACCACGUGAAAUUGGGAGAUUGAGCUUUCUUACAGAGUUGUACUUGGGGUACAAUAAUGGUUUUCAAGGAGGAGUUCCACCAGAAAUCGGGAAUCUUUCAAGACUGGAGAUUUUACAGAUUGAAAACGCUUCUCUAACCGGUAAUAUGCCAUCUUCAAUCUUCAACAUGUCAUACCUUGAGAAGUUAUAUCUUGGUGAUAACAAGUUGACAGGGGAGAUUCCACGAAAUAUAUGGAAAUGCACACAUCUUGAGAAGUUGGCAUUAUCCUACAACAAUUUCAGUGGCAAAAUCCCAGGUGAAAUUGGGAGAUUGAGCAUUCUUAUAGAGUUAUACUUGGGGUACAAUAACGGUUUUCGAGGAGGAAUUCCACCAGAAAUAGGGAAUCUUUCAAGACUGGAGAUUUUACAGAUUGACAACGCUUCUCUAACUGGAAUUAUUCCGUCUUCAAUCUUCAACAUUUCUUCCUUGACAUACUUAAGCCUCUCUUACAAUAGUUUGUCAGGAAGUAUCCCAACUUUCCAUCUACCGAAGCUUGAGAACUUAUAUCUUGAAGAUAAUGAAUUGAAAGGUUUGUUCCCGACUGAUAUGUGCAAUAACGUGAGCAAAAUAAAAGAGCUUUCACUAUUUUCAAACCAAAUAAAAGGGCAGAUUCCCCGAAAUAUAUGGAAAUGCACACAUCUUGAGAUGUUGUCAUUAUCCUUCAACAAUUUUAGUGGCAACAUCCCAUUUGAAAUUGGGAGAUUGAGCAUGCUUACAGAGUUGUACUUGGGGUACAAUAGUGGUUUUCAAGGAGGAGUUCCAUCGGAAAUAGGGAAUCUUUCAAGACUAGAGAUAUUAAAUAUUGACAGCGCUUCUCUAACCAGAGAUAUUCCAUUAUCACUCUCCAGCCUGUCUUCCUUGACAUUCUUGAGUUUAUCUGACAAUAGUUUAACAGGAAGUAUCCCAAUUUUCCAAAAUCUUCAAGACAUGUAUCUCGAUAACAACAAGUUCACAGGACUUAUUCCUCCGAAUAUCUGGAAGUGCAAAAAUCUUGAGAUCUUGAACUUAAACAGCAACAAUCUCAGUGGCAACAUCCCUCGCACCAUUGGAAAUAUGAGCAUGCUUAGAGAGUUGUACUUGGGUUGGAACCAUUUCACAGGUGAAUUACCACAAGAGAUUGGCACUCUACCAAUACUUCAGAUAUUUGGCGUGCUUAGCAAUUCCUUAUACGGAUUAAUCCCAUCUUCCAUUUUCAAUAUAUCAACUUUGAAGGGUUUAGGAGUUACAUAUAAUGAGUUUUCAGGUACUCUUCCAUCAGAUUUGGGGAACUCACUAAUCAAUAUUGAAGAGCUUCUUUUGAGUUUUAACAAACUCUGUGGCUCAAUUCCAAGCACUAUUACCAAUGCUUCUAAACUUACAAUCUUGGAGAUGUAUAGCAACUCAUUUAGUGGCUCUAUACCCUACUUCGGUAAUUUGAAGCUCCUACAAUCACUUCUCCUUUCGAAAAACAAUUUGAGUGGAGCAGAAUUUGCAACUCAGGAAUUAACAUUUCUCUCUUCAUUAACUAACUGUCUACAUUUGAAGUACCUCGCAGUAAAUAACAAUCCAUUGAAUGGCAUACUACCCACUUCACUAGGAAAUUUUUCCUCAUCUCUUGAGCUGUUUGAAGUAGAAAACUGCAGCAUCAUGGGUGUCAUUCCUUCUGAAUUAGGAAACUUAAGCAACUUGCUAGCUCUAAGUUUGGCUCAAAAUCAGCUGAGUGGACUCAUUCCACCAACAAUUGGGAAAAUGAAGCAACUCCAAAGACUAUAUCUUGGUGGCAAUCAAUUGGUAGGAUCUAUCCCUAACCAACUUUGCCAAAUGAAUCAUUUGGGGGAGUUGGACCUAAGCAUGAACAUGCUUGUGGGUCCCAUACCUGAAUGCUUAGGUGAUAUUAAGUCCUUGAGAGGGAUCAGCUUAGGUUCCAACCAAUUAAAUUCAACUAUCCCUCCUAACUUUUGGACUCUCACAGACCUUCUGGCUUUGAUCUUGUCCUCCAAUCAUUUGAGCGGUCAAUUGUCAUCUCAACUUGGUAAUUUCAAGUUACUUAGCUAUUUGGACUUGUCUUCUAAUCAAUUUUCAGGUGAUAUUCCCACCUCAAUUGAUGGUUGCCAAACACUAGAGUUUCUUAACUUAUCAAAUAAUUUUCUCAGUGGAUCUAUUCCUCAAUCCUUUAUAAAGGUUAAAGACUUGAAAACAUUGGAUUUGUCUUACAAUAAUCUUUCUGGAUCAAUACCCAAGUCAUUAGAAGACCUUCACUUUCUUGAAAUAUUUAAUGUUUCCAAUAACAAAUUGGAAGGGAGAAUUCCAGAUGGUGGUUGUUUUCGCAACUUCAGUGCAGCGUCGUUUGUUGACAACUUAGCUUUGUGUGGUCUAAUAACAUUUCAAGUUCCAGCCUGCCCAGAAAGCCAUCAUAGAUCAUGGUUGAAGAAACUCAUGGUGUCAUUAGUGAUUUUAGUUGUCAUUGUGGUGAUUGCAUUGCUUGCUUUCAUAAGGAUGUGUAAACAGAAAAAAGUAGCCCUCUCGGUUCAUUUUUCACCACAAAUUAGUGAAUGCAUAGGAAUUCCUUACUAUGAACUUGAACGAGGAACAAGUUCAUUUAGUGAAACCAACCUACUCGGAAGAGGUAGCUUUGGUUCUGUAUUCGAAGGAACACUUUCUGAUGGUCUGAAAGUUGCAGUAAAAGUGUUCAACUUGGAACUACAAGGAGCAGCAAGGAGCUUUGGUGUUGAAAGUUCUAUAUUGAGCAGCAUUCGACAUAGAAAUUUAGUUCGGGUUAUUGGAUAUUGUUGUAAUAUGAACUUUAAAGCAUUGAUUCUCACAUACAUGCCAAAUGGGUGCUUGGAUGAAUGGUUGCAUUCUAGCAAUUAUAUUCUGGAUCUUAUACAGAGGUUGAAAAUAGCAAUAGAGGUUGCGGCCGCCUUGGAAUAUCUUCACCACGGCCAUACAUUCCCAAUUGUUCACUGCGAUAUAAAGCCAAGCAAUGUGUUGCUUGAUCAAGACAUGGUUGCCCAUCUUUCUGAUUUUGGCAUUUCCAAGCUUUUCGAUGGAGGCGAAACUAUCAUUCAAACACAAACGCUGGCAACCAUCGGUUACGUAGCACCAGAGUUUGGAAUGGAAGGUAAAGUGUCAAUAAAUGGAGAUGUAUAUAGUUUUGGCAUACUGCUGCUGGAGAUGUUUACUGGAAAGAGGCCAACGGAUGAUAUGUUCGGUGAAGAAAGAAGCUUAAAAGAGUGGGUAAGUGAAGCAUUAGAGCAAAAUACCGCAACUCAAGUGAUGGCGUCUGCUUUGUUGUCAAGGGAAGAUCAACAUUACUCCGCCAAGGAGAAAUGCAUGUUAUCAACAUUUGAAUUGGCAAUAAAAUGUUUAGCCGUUUCAGCAGACGAAAGGAUCAAUAUGAUUGAAGUAGCAGCUGCUCUGCACAAGAUUUAUGCAACAUUUGUAGCAGAUACUCAAUGGCGCCGUCCAUGAAAUUUUUGCUACGCCGCAUCAGGUGAAUCAAAAAAGCUUGUUAUGUUUCAUUUAUUUUAUCAUGUUUUUGGACUCACUACUGUGUAGUUUUCCAUUCAUAGGUUAUGAAUCGAGGUGAAAACGGAAAUAGUAUAGUUGGAGUAUUACGUUUCUAAUUGUUAAUUACAGUCUAUAUUCUGAAUA